AAUCAGAGCGACGCGCUGCUUCUCUCCCCGAUGGUGGAUUAGCCACAAUAGGCUCCACCGCAGACUGCAGCGCUGCACCGCCGUCCGUCAAGUCGCACUUGCGCUCCACGUUGCUUCAAGCAGGGCCGGAGCUAGGAUGUUCAGGACGGCGCACUACCCGAGCGCGGACCCAGCGCCUACCGCCAUGCACGGCGCCUGGUGGCUCGCCGGGCACAACGCGGUGCCCGCCCCCUCAGCGGUGGCCCUGGCCGCGGAGAAGCCCAAGAAAAACGCCUUCAGCCUGGCUAAAAUCAUGUCCCUGGGCGGAAAGAAAAGCCAGCACGGCGUCGACGCGCACAACAACAACAAUAAUAACACGCCCUUCGCCAUCCACUGUCAUAUCGGCAAGGAAAUCAAGCACAUUUGCAGCAACUGCAGCCGCGGGAACGACACGCAGGACGCCGAGGAGGUCGAGAGGCUGGCCGUGAUGCGAUCCGAGUCGUUGGUUUCCGGCGCCCACACGCCGCCCAUCCGAUGUCGGAGCAGGCUGGCCACGCUGGGACGCCUCCUCAAACCCUGGAAAUGGAGGAAGAAGAAGAGCGACAAGUUCAAGCAGACUUCGGCCGCACUGGAGAGGAAGAUGUCCAUGCGCCAAACUCGAGAUGAGCUGAUCAAGAGGGGAGUGCUAAAGGAGAUCUUUGAAAAAGCAACAGGUGAAUUUCGCUCCUCCAUGGACGGCGGAGUCUGCGCUCAGGAGCCCCCCAUCAAGUCGUCCAUGCUCCUAGCCCCCAAGAAGUCUGUCAGCUACGCAGGCGACCUUCAGGACAACCCCGCCAAGCCGCCGCUGUACCACAAACAGCCGCCGGCUCUCCCUCCCAAGCCUUUUGCUCGCAUCCCAAACCAUUGCACAGAUUCUUGCCAGCCAAUGAAGUUGCCCUGCAUGCCCGGGGCAAAGCACUCGCCGCCCCUCCCGCCCAAGAAAGUCAUGAUUUGCGUGCCUCCGGGUGGACUGGACUGCGCCACGUCCCCGUCUCCCUCCCCCAACCCCCUCGGCGGUAUGUCCCAAAAGUGCGGCCUAGCCCAGGUGAUGCCGGGCCACCACGGCAGCCUGCUGCCCUCGCAGUUUGCCGCGCUGUCGGCUCUCCACCAGAACCACGGUCAUCCUCUGCAGCUGCAGUACGGCAGCUUGCACGGGCCGAGCCGCAUCAUCGAGGAGCUCAACAAAACGCUGGCGCUGUCCAUGCAGAGGUUUGAGAGCUCUUUGCUACACGUCAGCAGUCAGUGCGCUCCUCAGGACAGACGGGAAGUGCCGUCGGUGAUCGUUGACUACGAAGACGACAAGGAAAACAUGCCCAGCGAAUCUGACUAUGAAGAUCUGCCUAGCAUGUACAAGGAUGAGGAUGACGUGGAUGACGAUGACUACGAUGAGGACGACGACUCCAUAUUUACAAGCACGCUGGCUCAGAAGGUGCUCCGCAAAGACUCGCUGGCUAUCAAGUUGAGCAACCGUCCGUCCAAGAGGGAGCUGGAGGAGAAGAACAUUCUGCCAGUGCAGACGGAUGAGGAGCGGCUGGAGUCCAGGCAGCAGAUUGGCACCAAACUCACGAGGCGCUUGAGUCAGAGACCGACGGCGGAAGAGCUGGAGCAGAGGAAUAUCCUCAAACCACGCAACGAGCAGGAGGAAAUCGAGGAGAAGCGGGAGAUCAAGCGACGGCUGACUCGCAAGCUGAGCCAGAGGCCCACCGUGGAGGAGCUCAGACAGGCCAAAAUCCUCAUCCGAUUCAGCGACUACGUGGAGGUCUCAGACGCCCAGGACUACGACCGGCGGGCGGAUAAGCCCUGGACCCGACUCACCGCGGCUGACAAGGCAGCUAUACGAAAAGAGCUCAACGACUUCAAGAGCAACGAGAUGGAAGUGCACGAGUCGAGUCGUCAUUUAACCAGGUUUCACCGACCAUAGUUGACCAUCACUGCGUCAAGCAGUGCUGCAGGGGUAGAACCUUAAGUGCUGGACAGUCAAACGGUGCCCGUUUUCUUUGAUAAGGUCUUCUCAAUGCCUUUUUGCCCCCCCCUUCUAGACAAUCCCGUCGGUACGACACCCACCAACCAGUUAGGCCACCACCCGCUGUAGUAGCACGUCAGUCACUUCAGCCAACCCGUUUUGUGGAAUUAGCUCACUGAAACGUCGCCACGCUGAGCUCUCAGGUAGGCGCUCAGCUGUCCGUUUACUGGCUUCAGGCGGAGACAGAACAUUAGUCACCGGCAGACUUGUCACAAUGCUUCAUCUUGAUGAUGAUGUCCCCCCCACCAUGCUCCUGAACUGUGCAGGAGGAUGCAGCGUUGCCACAAGGGGGGGCCAUCCAUCUUCCACCGCAUUGGCGGGGAGAAAGUCAUGUCACUUUGUGCAAUACAGUAUUUGAUUUGGUUGCAACGCUAUAGCGUCCUCUACAGUUCUGUUCUUCCCAUGUCCUGUACUGUACCGACACUGUUGUCAUCCAAGUCGCUAACUGUGAAUCCGGGGGGGGUUGCUCUCUCCAAAUGUACAUUUUGUUUAUAUUGAUCAAGUCACAAAUUAUAUUUCAUUCACUCGUGUCAGAAUUGUGUACAUUUUAUGUAAAAAAAAAAAAAAAAUGCAUCUGACCGAUGUGCAUAUGUUUUAUAUUUCAUUUUUUAAAUAUUUUUGGGGGGAGAUCGAGGCUUAAAUGUAGAUGUCGCUGGUCUUUGGGUGGAAGUAUUUUGACAUAAUACCAAGAGCAAGACUAAUUGCAGUGUUUUUUGUCUUUUUUUUUUUUAUAUUAGUAUUUAUCCCUCAUAACCUGCAUUUUAUUGUAUGCUUUCUUUUUACAAGCAAUAGCCUUUUCUCAUAAAGGGUUGAACAAUAUGCCACUGUCUUUUUUUUUUUUUUUUUUAAACAGUGCUUAUGCAGUUUAUGCAUUAUUAUUUUCGACAGCGUUGUGUGCCAGGAUGAAGUUUCCUGCUGUCAUCUCCACUGAGCCAAUUCGAUAUCUGCCUCAGUACAAAUUGAACAUAGCCACAAUUCUGGACAAUAAGUGCAUUUUAAUGGACUGAUUUUUAAACUUCCUCAUUCAAGUCAUUUGCACUGCCACUAAAGCUUUGUGGGCACUCCAUGUUUUUUUUCUGUAAUACAUUGAAUUAAGAUGUGAAUUGUAUGUCAGGUGUGGGAAAUAUAGUAUGUCUUCUCCCUUGGAGAUUAAUUUCAAGCUGUGUGGUUUGCAUGGGUGUUGUAUUCAUUUGGAGCACAGGUCAGUUCACUUUGUAAAAGAGUUUUGCCGGUCUACUAGCCUCACUGAUAUUCAAAACAAAAAAAGGAAGGAAAAUGAACUCCGCAAUAACUUUUUCCUUCUCAUAUGGAAAUUGGAGACGCUCAAUACAUUUCAAAGUGUUAUUCCACUCCCUCGGCCAACCCUUUUGGAAUACAGAAUGCCAUGUAAAAGAUACAUAUUGCAAAUUAAAAUCCCAUUUCUGAAUGCA